UCACCAGUAUCGUUGUGACAACCAAUUCCCUACUUUUUCUCUUAGUGUCCAAAGGAUAUAUCCACAGACAUGUUUGCCCGUCUUUGUAGGCACUUUGGGAGAGUUGAUGUUCAUAGAGAAGAGUCUAGAGUGAAGCAAAUGAAACCUAAAGAGGCCUGCAGACAGACAUCAUCCCCUGAAAAUGUCCUAAACAAGAUGCAGGCCAACGAGGAAGAGGAGAGGCUGAAUAGAGAACUGGAGCUAACUACCAAGGAGAGAAAUGAGCUGACAGAACGCCUCCUUUAUGUGACAGGUGGAUCCAUGAGCAAGAGCAACCUGCACAGCCGGCUCCUGAUGGACCAGGCAUGUAUGAAGAAGAAGUUGGUCACAUUGAAGCAGGAGUGCAAGGAGUUACAGCGAUAUUUGUUUGAGUUGAACCCGAAGGAUGAAGACGAACAGGAGAAGACCAGCAACCUCCACACCCAGCAAAAUGUGGUCUCAGGAACUGCAGGAGACAUGGCAUAGGACGGAUCCCAGGAAGACAGCCCCCUGAGGAAUGAGUUUCUCUCUCAGGAGUUCCCUGUGACGACAAUCCUCACAGUCAAAGACUUUUUGGGGGAAUAUUCUUCUUCUCAGAUAAUUUCCUCAAUGUAUAGAGACCCUACAUUUAUGUAUCCGUAUGCCAGCCUGUCUGGUUGAGGUCUUUCUCCUCUCUCAUACCGACAACACCAUUUGAGAGACAACUGAGGGGACUACCUUGGCAUCUCACGUCCUAGAGGAGAAACAGCACUACAACUGUGUUUCUAAAUGUUCAUUAAGAAAAUGCUGUUAAGAAAUGUUUUUGGUUAUGAUUUUCAUUGAAGUUCUCUUUUUGUUAUUUCAUAGUUAUAUAUUCUUGUUACUGUUUUUCUUUUUUAUACCAUUUUAGUUGUUCAUUUUAUGCCUGUUUUUUGUAAAUUGUAUUCCUUAUGAAGAAAAAUUGAUUUGUAACUCUUGACUCUUAAGACUAUCUUAUUCAAGGGUCCUUUCCCCUCCUGUAGACUUAGAACUGACAGCUAGAUAUGGAUCUUUGCAUGGUCCAGUGAAUUCAAAGCCACCAAGGUGUACACAGGGUGAUAGUGUCUUUUGUGUGGAUAAUGUGACUUUUUUUAUGGACACACACUGUAUGAUGUAAUCACUGACAUACUGUAUCCAUGCUGUAUUGUCUUCUGCUCAUCCUAGUCUAUAUCAGUCUACAACACACAUUCCUUAUUGACUGUGUGCACCAGAUAUUGAGUAACACACACUCAUGCCUGUAGAGCUGCAGAAAAAAAUGACAACUUUCACAAAGGAUUAUAGAAUAAUCCUAAUCGAGAACCAUGUGCCUCAGUUUUUCUUACAAUACAGCAUUAGUAUUAAACCACAAAGAUAAUGACCAUCAACGUCAUUUUGGGAAAUAGGUUUUUAUAGGUGCUGUUUCACUUGAUCAUUCAUAUGCUGUGUUUUUUAUUGUUGCUGAUUAUAUU